AUGGCGGCGAGUGUACCAAAUACGCUUGUGGAGAAACGUGCGACGAAUAAGAAUGUGAUCAUUCAACUCUUCCAGUGGUCCUGGAACUCUGUCGCUGCAGAGUGCACGACGUUCAUUGGUCCCGCGGGAUAUGGAUACGUGCAAGUCAGUCCUCCUGCCGAGCAUAUCACAGGUGCACAAUGGUGGACGGACUAUCAGCCCGUCUCGUACAUCCUAACUUCCAAGCGCGGUUCGCGUAGCGAGUUCGCUAAUAUGGUCACCACAUGUCAUAACGCUGGUGUACUCGUCCUUGUGGAUACCAUUUUGAAUCACAUGGCGGGAAUCAACUCCGGUACGGGUGUGGCCGGCUCUACUUUCACUCAUUAUGUGUAUCCCGGGAUUUACCAGUACCAAGACUUUCACCAUUGCACGCUUACCUCGACCGGAGAUAUUGUGGACUGGACGAGUAGAGCGCAGGUUCAGACAUGUGAACUCGUCAAUCUCUCCGAUCUUGCCACGGAGACGGAAUAUGUACGCGCCAAACUCGCCGCCUAUAUGAACGAUCUCGUCUCUCUCGGAGUUGAUGGCUUUCGAAUCGACGCUGCACGACAUGUUGCAACCGAGGAUAUCGCCAACAUUCUCUCCCGCGUCUCAGCAGCUGGUUAUGUCAGUCAAGAAGUCAGUUUUGACGGGGAUCAAAACGCUGUCAAACCUCUGGAAUAUGUUGCCAACGGCGCUGUUCAAGAGAACGGCUUUUAUAUACUUGUUAUUUGCUGUCUAACUCCUCCUCAGGAUGCGUUUACGUCGUCCGGCAUCUCUCAGCUGCAGACCCUUGGGAGCGCCAGCUGGGUUCCUAAUACUGGCUAUGGAGCUAAUGUCUUCGUCGCUAAUCACGAUACCGAAAGAGCCGGUGGCUCGCUUCGAUAUGACUCUUCUUCCAACACCUAUACACUCGCUAUGGUCUUAUCCCUCGCACAUCCUUAUGGAGUUCCGACGAUCCUCAGCUCGUAUUCAUUUAGCAACAAUGAUAACGGGGCGCCAAACUCCAACUACGGAACGUGCUCUGGUUCGACGGGAUCAAACGGAUGGCUCUGUCAACACAGAUGGCCUGCAGUCUCUGGUCUCGUUGGGUUUCACAAUACCGUCGGGACCGAUGCGUUGAAUAAUUGGGUUAGCCCCGCGAGCCAACAGAUUGCGUUCGGACGAGGUUCUAGCGGCUUCGUUGUAAUCAACAACGCCGACUCAAGCUGGACGUCAUCAUUCACAACCUCACUUCCUGAUGGCACGUAUUGUGACGUAUACACCGGUCCAAAGAGUGGAUCAAAUUGCUCUGGUGCAGCGUAUACAGUCUCGGGGGGCGUGUUCAGCGCAACCGUUGCAGCACGUACCGCACUCGCAUUGCACACUGGUGCGACUACCACAGCCGUGACUACGACAGUCACAAGCACGACCAAGACUACGAGCACCACGACGUCGACUGCUUCUGCGAGUUCGGUGACGGUUACAUUCGCUGUAUACGCGACGACAGUUUGGGGACAGAAUGUAUAUGUCACAGGCAGCAUCUCUCAGCUCGGAAAUUGGGGACCAACCUCUGGCGUUGCUCUCUCUUCCGCAUCGUAUCCGACGUGGAAGGGGACAGCAGUCAUCCCUGCUGGAACCACGUUUCAGUACAAGUACAUCAAAUGGGAUGGCAGCACCGUCACAUGGGAAAGCAAUCCAAAUCGAUCGUAUACCACCACGACGUCUUCAGUGACGCUCAACGAUACCUGGCGAUGA